AUGAAACUUUAUAUAGUGUUUUUGGUAAUUUGUAUAGUUACCACAUAAAAAGAUAAUGGCGAAUUAUCUUAAGAAGAUUAAACACUUUUAGAUAGUUUGUUUAAAGAUAAAUUUGGAAUGAAUGUAAUGAAUGAUAUAUAAAGUGAAUACAAAAAAGAUUCUGGUAAUUUGUAAAUUAUUUAUUUUGAGAAAGUAAGGAUUAAUUGAGUAGAAUUGAAAUUUUAUUAAAUACAAUUGAGAGAUAGAUUGCCUAAGAUGAAUAGGAUGAUCUAGAAUAAUUAUCUUAAGAAUAAGAACUAUGUAUUAAAUAAAAACGAAUUCUAUAAUAGAUAAUUAAUAAUUGGAGAGUUUGAAAGAGAAGAUCGCUGAAGCCUAAUAUGAUUAUAGUAGCAUUGGAGCUACAAUUAGAUUAUUAGAAGAUUAAUCAAAUAGAUAUGAAACAUAAAUAAACGAGAAAGAAAAUAUUGUUAAUGAAUAUGAAUCUACACUCACUUAAUUAGAAGAGAUUAGAUAACAUGAAGUAUAUAAUAUAAUGAUUGAACAUUUGUUUAGAGUGCAUAUUUCGAUAUAACAAGAGAAGAUUCUUUUGCUAUUUGUAGUCUUAUUAAAAGAGCUAGAUAUUUGAUUAGAGAAUUACUACCAAAAAAUAAUAGGAAUGUUGCCCUUGUCUAAUAGUAUACUUAUGAAGACAAUUCUCAUCAAUUCUCAAGUUCUGAUGUCUUAUAAUAAAUGAAAGAUCUUGAAAUAGAAGCUUAAGAGACACUUUAAAAUAAUUAACCAUUCCUUAAGAUCAUAAGUUUUUAAUAUCAAUUAAUUUAAAAGAUGAAUUUGUAAGUGUAUCUACUCAAACUGAAGCUGUCAUUGACACUGUUAGAGCUAAUGCCAUUAUUAAUUUAUUAUAACAAUUAUAUGAUUAAGUAGAUAAUACUAAUAGAAUCUAAUUAACUGCAGAAGAUGAUAGAGAAAAUCUUCAUUAAAGAGUGAAGGAUCAUAUAAAUGAAGAAUUAGAUUAUUUACACUUAUAAGUUUAGAAAAUAUCUAUUAUAUUUAUAGCUCUCCAUUUUAGAUGAUGAAUAAGAUGGUGUUGAAGCUCAUAUAAUUGCAGCUUAAAUGGAUUAAAAGGAUGGUGAAUAAAGAUUAGCUAAUCUGAAAUAAUCAUUCCAAGAUUUAUAAAAAUGCAAAGAAGAUUCAAAAGUAUUUAUAAUAAUAUUCAAGGUCAAUUAUGGAGUUAGAUCUAAAGAAAGAAAAGAACAAUUAAAAUUAUUGAGAAAAGUUAGAGAUGUCUUAUUAAAUGAAUUUGAUGCUGUUAGAUGUUACAUUGAAGAUAUUCUAAGUAGAAGUUUAAGUUAAGCAUGAUAUUUUUAUGAUUAAUCUAAAUAUUAUAUAUAAGAG